AUGGGAGGAGUCAGCUCAAUUGAACCGAAGACCUCAUGUCUCCAAACUGGUGUUGAGAAGACAAGUGUGGUUCUAGUGGCAAAGACAAUAGAGAUGUGUUCUUCAGCCAGUCGUGUCCUUCCUCUGAGGAAAAGUUGUGAGGUGUCAUCAGAAAGUCCAGGGCGCCCCUACGGAGUGGGACCAAAGCCUGAUGGAGCUUCACAGGAGAGUGAGAUGGACGCAGCUUGGCAGGAGUUGAUGGCCAUUACAGAACUACAGGAGUUUGACGCCUCUGCGGAUGCAGCAUUUGACCCACCACAGUACCAGACAACAGCACCAAUAAGGCAUUAUGGGAUGCCUGCAGAGACCGGGUCCUGUGACGUGAAUAAUUUCAGGUGCUACACCGAAGAGGGGGCUGUGCAUCAGCAUAUUGCCCAGCCCCAGUAUGGACACUCAGAGUUACACAUCAAUCAAAAAGUACCAUCACCACACUGUGCCCAGCCUCUCUUUGCUGUGAGAGACCCAGUUGCUACAGAGGAGGGUCGCGGCCAGAGAGAACGGACACAGAGUCUGUACAGACAUAUGCUGUGGACACAUGGACAACCUUCACACUGCUGCUUGACCACUGACCUGGAGUCAGACUCAGGCCUGUCAGUUGGGUCCAGUCCUCUGGCCUCUCCAGAUACACUCAGCUAG